AUGGCGACGAAACAGCGCAUGGUCAAACUCACGCUCUACGCGCGACGCAAGAGCCACCUCUCCGAGGACGAGUUCCAGAAGUACUGGACGGAGACGCACAGGGGCCUGGCGGUAGAUUGGUUGGCAAAGUAUGGUAUUGUCAAGUACACACAGUACCACACGCCUUCGGAGCUCGUUUCAACCGCCAUAGCAGGGUUUCCGGCGCUCCAGGGCGUAAAGAAACUCACCUUUGACGGCAUCGGCGAGUUUCUCAUGCCCGAGGUGUCGUGCUUCCACAAAGCCCGCGAGGACCCGUACUACGCCGAGGUCAUUGCGCCGGACGAGGACAAGUUGUUUGACUGGAACACGGCAGAGUGGACCAUUGGCUGGGAGGAGGUGUACAUCAAGGACGGGAAAGUCGUGGACAUGCCCUUUGGUGAUGCUGGUGAGGUGUCCAAGUCCUGA